UCCUUACUCACAUGCUCUGUAUCUGAUCCUUCACUUAAACUUUAAAAUAAAUGAUCAUGAAGCAACAAAGUUUCCACUCAUUCUUGCAAACCUAGGAGAACCCGGGCAUCAGAAAAUCACCAAGCGCGGCAUGCGAUGACGUCACCUCCGGUUUCGCCUCGUCUUGUGUGUCGCCUCCGGUUCGGAGAAGGUGUGAAGGCGGGCGCCAUGCGUGAGGCAUGAUUGUGAAGAGUUCCGUGUCUACCCACGGAGAAACAUUGUAGAAGCAACGCCAUGCUGCUUAAUGGGCUGAGUGUUUCCAGAAUUUGUAUCUUUGUGCAGUGGAAUCUGAGCCACUCACCUGCUGUCCUUCAGAAGAGGAAAAGAAAACAAGUGAGUUUUGAGCAAAGGGAAGGUGGAGAAGAAUGAACAGGUCGAAGGGAGUAUUCCUGAUACAGUGAGACCAGACUGAAAGGGUUGAUGUGGCUUUUGGAAGCAGAUUGUGCAGAUUCAUCCCUGAAGAAGAUGGCAGAAGUUUGUCAUUGAAGCGUCGGUUAUAAUUGAUACUUGUACCAGGCUGGAAGAGCUUACUCAUCAUAUAAGUCAGAGUAUCAUGCUGGAGCCAAAGCUGGAAGAUGCUGUUAUUCUACAAGGGUGAAAAAUGCACUCUGCUCAGAGGAUUCCCAAAGAUUUCCAUAGCCAAUCCUUCUGAAGGUAGUUUCUGCAUACAAGAGAAAAUAUGUGAGCCGAUAUAAGCACCAAGCGGAUUAGCAUCUUCAGCGCACGUCCGGGUGAAUUUAGAAACAUCCAUUCUACACUUGCUCGAUAGAGAAGAUUUUCACUCCAGUGAGAAACCCACAGGCGAUGUAAGUCGCCCUGUACUGCCAGUUGUGUGUGUGUGUGUGUGUGUGUGUGUGUGUGUGUACGUGCGUGCGCGUUGCAAGAGUGCGGUGUCUCCAGAUAACGCCGGAGAAGGAAGUCUCUCUGGCUUUCCAGAGGCAGAAACACACCCUCUCAUCCUCCGGUUACUCACAGCAGCGGAUCAGCCUCACGGUCCAGAUCCAUCUUUUUUAUACACCCGGUGAAAGUGCACUCGCUGGCGAUGCUGCGAAGCCAGGACUGAGUAUGUGCCGGGCACUGGCGCUGGUACUCGCCGUUUCUUUCCUUUGGGCUCUUUGAUCUUCCGGACCGCGGGACUCUUCCUCCUGCCGAACUGAUUUCCCCCAGUCCCACUUGUGCGCUAUCGUUCCCGAGCUGAAGGCGCACGGGUAUUAUGGACUAGGAGUAAUUUCUAUUAUCCACAAUGGCAUUCGCGAUCUUCAGGACAGUCCUUGCGCUUGUCCACUUCACAGCAGUUCUAGGAUUCGGUGUCGACCCAGCGCUGGAAAUCGACCUUUUCUCUGCAUUGGAACUGGAUGCCUCAACGGAGGGAAUCGUGCAGGUCCCGGGAUUCCACAACGCGAGCAGAGCAUUUUUGUUUCGAGAUACUGCAAGGAUUCUGAAAGCAUCACCAAUUGCAGUCGAACAGAUUUCUCAGAAACUGAGAUACACACGGGAGUUCACUGUUCUGAUCACACUGAAGCAGGUCCACUACAAUUCAGGAGUCUUUCUGUCAAUUCAUCAUUCAGAUAAGAGGUACCUGGAGGUGGAGAGCAGCGGCCAUCGGAAUGAAGUCCGUUUUCAUUAUCGAUCUGGGAGCCGUCAGUCCCACACAGAGGUGUUCCCGUAUGCCUUGGCAGAUGGCCAGUGGCACCGAGUUGCCUUAGUCGUUAGUGCAUCCCAUUUGAUUUUAUACGUGGACUGUAACAAGAUUUAUGAGCGACUUAUUGAAAGGCCAUAUAUAGACAUUCCAACGGGCUCAACACUUUGGUUAGGACAAAGAAAUAAUGUACAUGGCCUUUUCAAAGGUGUGAUGCAGGACGUGCAGAUUCUUGUGAUGCCGCAAGGAUAUAUCACUCAAUGCCCAGACCUCAAUCGAACUUGUCCAACGUGCAAUGACUUCCAUGGACUUGUGCAGAAGAUUAUGGAGCUCCAAGAUAUUUUAGCCAAAACCUCAGCAAAGUUGUCGUACGCCGAGAAGAAGAUGAACAGCUUGGAUCAGUGUUACUGUGAGAAGAGCUGCAAGGUGAAGGACAGAGUCUACAGGGAAUCAGUGUAUUGGACAGACGGCUGUACGAACUGCACUUGCAAGAAUGGAACAGUACGGUGUAAGAGGCUGAGCUGCCUCCCUGAAAAUUGUCCUCCAGGUAAAGCUCCUAUCUAUGUGGAAGGCAAAUGCUGUAAGGAAUGUCAACCUGUAUGUGUCCUUGGCAACAAAUUUUACUACAAUGGGCAAAGGAUGGCAGAAUGGAAAGCAACAGGAGAGUGUUAUCUAUUGGAGUGCAAGGACAAAUCCAUGCUACGAAUUUCAUAUCCACGCUGUCCGUUGCUGCCUUGUUCACUGUCGAACCAAAUUUCAUUAACUGACAGCUGCUGUAAGAUAUGCAGAGGUUAUGACUUCUGUGCUGAGAACUCCAAUUGCAUUGAGAAUUCUGAAUGUGUAAACUUGGAAGCUGGCUCAGUCUGCAGAUGUAAAGUUGGCUUCACUCCUCUCCGCGAUGAUGAAGCUUACUGUGAAGAUAUUAAUGAGUGUGCUCAGGACAAACACUACUGCCGAGAGAAUACUAUUUGUGUCAACAGUCUGGGAUCCUACACCUGUAUCUGCACAACGGGUUACAUUAAAGUUGAUGACUACUCCUGUACAGAACAUGAUGAAUGUAGCACAAAUCAACACAACUGUGAUGAGAACGCUCUGUGUUUCAAUACGGUUGGAGGUCACAAUUGCAUCUGUAAACCGGGAUAUACAGGCAAUGGUGUUCAAUGUAAGGCAUUCUGUGAAGAUGGCUGCAGGAAUGGAGGUACCUGCGUCGCUCCCAAAGUCUGCGCAUGUCCUCAAGGAUUCACAGGACAAUUCUGUGAAACUGACAUUGAUGAAUGUGCGGAGGGCUUUGUUCAGUGUGACAGCCGUGCUAAUUGCAUCAACCUUCCUGGAUGGUACCAUUGUGAAUGCAGGGACGGCUACCAUGACAAUGGGUUCUUUGCUGUAAAUGGAGAGACAUGUGAAGACAUUGAUGAAUGUGCGACCGGGAGGCACAGUUGCACCAAUGACACCGUCUGCUUUAAUCUCGAGGGAGGUUACGACUGUAGAUGUCCUCAUGGAAAAAACUGUACUGGAGACUGCGUCCAUGAAGGCAGAAUAAAACACAAUGGACAGAUUUGGGUGCUGGACAAUGACAGGUGCUCAGUGUGCUCCUGCCAGACUGGCUUAGUAUUGUGUCGACGGAUGGUCUGUGACUGUGAAAACCCAACUGUGGAUCUUUUCUGUUGCCCUGAGUGUGACCCACGGCUGACCAGUCAGUGUCUGAACCAAAAAGGAGAUGUGACCUAUAAGAGUGGAGAAACUUGGAUGCAAGACUGUCAACAGUGCCACUGCGUGCAAGGUGAGGUGGACUGCUGGCCCCUGCAGUGCCCAGAAGCUGAUUGUGAAUUCAGCAUGGUCCUGGAGGGUGAAUGCUGUCCGCAGUGUAUUGAGGAUCCUUGCCAAGCCAGUAAAAUCCGCAACGACAUCACCAAGACUUGCGUAGACGAGGUUAACUUGGUUCGCUUUACUGGAUCAUUGUGGAUAAAGCAUGGCACUGAAUGUACCCUCUGCCAAUGCAAGAAUGGUCACGUCUGCUGUUCAGUGGAUCCUCAGUGCCUUCAGCAACUCUGAGCCGAAAAGUACCACGUAUAGCGUUUAUCGUGCCAUUUCUAUGGAUUUCCUGUUUAAUCUGCAGGACAAGAGUUAUUAUCAAAACAAAGCUCUCGUUAAGAACAAGAACAACUUUCCUAUUUGAAAACAACUUUAUACCAAAUACAGGUUUACAUCCAUCCAAAACUGAAGCUAUUAUUUUAAGUGGAAAUCCCAUUGUAUAGCGAGGACUGAGAUUCCUGUGGCCACGUGACAACUAACAAAAAAAUACAUUUGAAAGCAGAAAAACGUUGUCAGAUUGUAUGUGAAAGAAACGUUUUAACAACAAGUUUAGAAAGAAUAUGUGUAUAAGCAUGACUAGAGAGCAAGAAUUUUAACACAGGAAAAGUCAUGUGAUGUAUUUUUUCCAUUGUUUGAAUUGUUGUUUCCCAGUUCCAAUGACUGCUG